AAAUCAGAAGAAAAUCGCCGAAAAGAAGGCAUUUGCAACUAGAAAAUCAGAAAGGGAGAAAGAAUGGCGUUGCAAUGGAUGAUACUGACGUAUGUGGUGGCAGCCGAGGCCGCUCUGGCGAUCCUCGUCACUCUUCCGUCGCCGAAACUCGUCAAGAAGCGUUUGGUCUCUCUUGUCUCUGUUCUCCUCCAGCCUGCCCUCUUCGUCGUCCCCUUUGCAGGAUUCCAGAUUUUAGAUAUCUACUGGAAGAAUGAGCAUCGCAUGAAGUGUACUUCUGAGAUCUGCACUGCUGCUGAGAGAGAUCGUUUCGAGAAAGCUAUCUUCAAAGCUGAAAGAAAUGUGAUCUUGUGUGCAACUGCCUGCCUUCUUUACUGGUGCAUCUACCGCAUUUGUAAGUAUAACAAGGAGCUUGAGAGUUUAGAGGAAGUGGAGAAGAGAUACAAGGAUGAGUAGUUUUUCUGACUUCUGAAUCGGAUAACGACAAUAGAGCUGGUUUUGUUUUUCUAAUUUAUUUUUUUUAAUCUUGAUAAACACUCUCUCUGUCUUAUGUUGGGAAUAUUGUAAACAAAAUUUAAUUGCAAUGUUUACUUUGACUUUUGUUUUGAAUGUUAAACUUCCCCUUCCAAUUUUAU